AGGAGUCCUUGAAAGCACCAUGACAGGCUGUGGGUUGACUGGAGCCCUGGGCGGCCUCGGCUUUACUUCCUGCCUGCCAUAACUUUCCUGUACACAACACAGCAGGACAGCAUUCGUACUAGCGUUCCGUUGCACCUGAUGAACACAAAACUGCCUGGGACUGAUCAUGACACAGCAGGAGCAGCAGGAGUUCACGGAGAGCCUGGAGGCAGCCCUCUCCUGGAUGAAGGCCAUCCAGGAGAGGCUGAAGGCCAACGACAACACCCAGGGGCCCCGAGAUGCCCUGGAGGCCCGACUCAGGGAGACAGAGAAAAUCCAUCAAUCGGAGCAUGAAGGUCGUGUGAAGAUGGACAUGGCGCUGGUGGCAGCCAACAGCCUUUUGCAGAGUGAAGAUGAAGAGCUGAGGAACCACACCCACGCUAAGCUCAAAGAUCUGAAAAGCCUGUGGGAAGAGACCUGCACCUACAUCAUCCAUUGUCACAGUCGGAUUGAGUGGGUGUGGCUCCACUGGAGCGAGUACCUGAAGGCUUAUGAAGAGUUUGAGUUGUGGCUGACGAAGCAGCAGCGCAGCUUGGACGUCACGGUGGAGCUUCAACUGGGGGUGAAGGAGAAGCUUUGGCAGGUGGACCAGCAGAGGGUGGUGGUGAGCGACAUCCACGGCCAGGCAGUGCUGUUGGAGAGGCUGCUGGACGAGGCUGCAGCGCUGCACAACAGAACCCAGGACCCUAGUGUGGAGCCCCAGGCCCAGGAGAGGCUGCAGGAGGCCUACAAUGAUGUCAGGGACAGAGCUGAGGAGCGUCUGUCGCUGCUUCAGAAGAUCGCUGAGGAGCACCAGACGUACCAAGGCUGUGUUCAGAGGUUCCAGUCCUGGCUGCUGUCAAAAACCAAGGAGCUAACUGAUCUGAUGGAGAGGGAAGAUACAGCUGAGAACAAGCUCAAAGUCUUACAAGCUCUGGACGACAGCGUGGCCGGUGAGGAGAUGACCCUUCAGCACAUUGAGGGUCUGGCGGAGGCAGUUAGGGGAUGCACCUCUCCUGCGGGGGCGGAGGUGGUGGUGGAGGAAGCUGAGGAGCUGAGGCUGGGCUGGCAGAGGCUGAGGCAGGGCCUGUGUGAGGCUGAGGAGGGCCUGCGCUCCAGACUGGACUCACACACUCAGUAUGUGGCCAGGUGCCAGCGGCUGGGAGAAGACAUCGGCCGCCUCAGGGUGCUGUUGCAACGGCUCGACCAUGAGCUGGUGGAGGGCCGCGAGCCCGGGGACUGCAGUGACCACACUGAGGAGCAGAUAGUGGGCCAGUGGAGGAAAUACACGGGUGUCAGGAAUACACUGGCAGGGGAGGAAUCCCAAGUGGAACUUCUUAAAUCUCAGCUCAAGGAGCUCUUCAGGUUCUCAGUGGACUCACGCCACCUUUCUGAUGACGUCCUGGCUGUUGUCAAAGAGCAUCAGAGUGUGAAAUCCAGAGCGACCAGGCUGUGUUCAGAGUCAGAGUCAGGGCUGAGAAGCAUCCUCCAGGACCCACUACUUGGUUACGCCCACUGGAGCCACAUGGUGUCUCAGGUGUUGGAGGCCUCUGCUGAGGUCACUGACUUCUCUCACAUUGCCAUGUUGGUCCAGAACAUAGAGCGUUUGCUGAAGGACAGUGUCCAGCUGCAGGAGCGUCUCAGUCUGCUGCAGGUGAAGGGAGAUUUGUUGGACUCUGUGUUUGGUCCUGAGAGGUCUGACGGUCUGCAGGGUGAGCUGACUGCCGCCAUCAAGAACAGAGAGCUGCUGCACACUCAGCUGCUGCAGAGGAAGAGCAGACUACAGGGCUUAAUCUCAAGAACCAAGGACUUUGGUGACACCUACGAGUUGAUUCGUUCUAAACUGGCCCGUCUCCGAGACCGACUGGUGGCAGCGGAUGGCCUCCAGCCUGACAUCCUGGCCAAAAAAAGUCAGUCGGACCAGUUCAGGGUGAUCCAGAAGGACUUGGAUGAAUGUGAGGCCCACAUCAUAGCACUGGAGACUCUAGUCUCCUCAAGUCAGAGCAACAGGACUCAGUUUGAGAGGCUCUAUGCUGACUGGAAACAUCUGCACAACGCCGUCAGGGUAAAGGUGCAUGAGAGUGAGGAGAGCAUCACAGAUCAUGAGAGCUUCCACGAGAGCCUGCUGAACUUAGAGAAGUGGCUGAUGAUCAUGAAGCAGAAGCUGGAGUCCUUUCACAGCCCCUCAGGAGAGUGGAGCAUAGAGGGCCGUCAACAUGAAGCUGAGAGAGCACUGGGAGAGUUUCCAGAGAAGGAGCUUCAGCUGCAGCAGAUGGAGGUCCAGGGUGAGGGCGUUUUGGAGAGGACUUCAGAGGAAGGACAGAUCCACAUUCUGCGUGACAUGAAGCGACUACGAGAGUCCUGGCUGGCCCUCUACAACAAGAGUCUCAAUCUUCACAGGCUGCUGAACAGCUCCAUAGAGCAGACAGACUCUGACUUACGGAGGGUUGGAGGCCCACCUGUAGAGAGCAUAUCUGCUACAGCAGAGCUCAUUUUAGGGGAGGACAGGAACAGGAAGCUCCAGGAACCAGAGAGACCAACAACAAGACCAGCCAGCAGAGGUGUAUGGAGCCUUGGCUAGCUCUGGACCGGAUGGGGAGGAAGCCUGGAGGGAGCAGGGUUGAUGGCAGGGCAGGGUGGGUGGAUUGAAGGCCAUGCUGAAGGUCACCUCAGACUGACUGGACAAGACAAUGAGCAUCUCAGUGCAUCAAUGGCAGACAAGGACAGUGGGCACUCCUUUAAAGGAGAUGAAGUAGAUUCCUCUGCCUGGAGCAUUCGCAGCAGAGCAAGCCACGGUGUUUCUAAAGACAGCGAUGGAGGCCCUGACGGUGAUAAAUCAACGGGGGGAGACAGCAGCAUCUUGGUCAGAGACAGAGGAGUGGCAGCAUUAACCGCUAAGGUCAGCUCUGGUAAUGGAGCAAGAGGAAGUUCUGGAGAAGGCAGUGUGGAGGCAGGGGACGGUCUGAGCCCAGGAGGAGGAGCGUUCGUGCUGUUCAGAAGGGAUACAGCCAGGCAGCCAUCAACAGCUCAACACACAAUGGGAAGCACAGGACACUACAAAUCCAGGAGGAGGGAGUUUGAAGCCUGGCUGUGCAAAGAGAAUGAACUCCUCUCAGGGAUCCUCAGCACUAAGGGAGCAACACUCAGUGCCAAAGAACUCAAGACCCAACAGGACACGCUCAAAGCUCUGAGGGCAGCAGUGCCGUGGGGUCAGGAGCAGUUCCAGGUUGCUCCGAGGAGAGUCAGUGCACAGACGCCAGUUCUGGGCCAGGUAGAGGAUGUGGAUCUGGAGGAACUCCGCUACCACUGGAUGCUUUACAAGUCCAAACUGAAGGAUGUGGCAGUUGUCAGGGCCAGAAGUGGCACUAAGAGAGUCCAAGUCAAACAUGAGGAGCCGGGUAUCGCAGCACAAGCACAGGAAGGUAACACCAAACUAUUCCACAGUCACACAAACAGAAAAUGUAGAAACAGUAACACUGGCAGCAGUAUGAUGCUCCUUUCCAGCAGCUCAGUCUUUCACACUGUUUUUGGAUGCUUCGGCCUACAUUACAUACUGUACGUGUGUGUGCCUUCCACUAACCCUGUGUUGCUGCUGCCGUCGCAGAAGCCUGGGUUGAUGCAGCGGGUGUGUCGGCUGGCUCUUCCUCUGUGGCUCCUCCUCCUGGCUCUGCUGCUCCUGGCGUUCCUGCUGCCCCUCAUGGACGAAGGCAACAGCUGCUCCCUCUCCAACAACUUUGCCCGAUCCUUCAACAUCAUGCUCCGCUAUGACGGACCUCCACCCACAUAAGAAUUCUCCUCUGACAGCGCAAGAUACAGUAAACGUCUGAUCUCACUCCUCUUGUGGACCAUGGCUAAUGUAGGAAAUGCUAACUGUACUACUUGAGAUCCCACACUCCCCUGCCCUUUGAUCAUCAUGCAUGACUAACAGACCACAAACACAACCACACAACCUUUAGUUCAAUCUAAAGGCUGUGCAGCUUCAAACCCUGUAUUCCUGCGCAACAGAUCUUGUACUCACUUUAAAUACUAUUCUAACUACUACUCUAAAACUACUCAUCUCAGUAACCUAAUAGCUUUACUAAUACCAGUGAAUCAGUGACAUAUAUCUUCCUUCAAAUCUAUAAUCUACUUACGUGGGAAACCACAGCCAAUAGUAGCAUGCACAUCUUCAAACAUCACACCUAGCUGUCCGUGCACAUUCUUGUCUGUGUUGUCAAAAUCAGUUCCAUUGGACUUAUCUGCAUGUCAGACCACCACAAGGGAACAACAUGAUUGCAAUUGGACUACAGAUCCCAUGCUCAUUUUAAUUUGAAUUUCCAAAUACUAUAUCGUCAGCUUAAGUUCUGUUAAUCUGAAAUUAAAAUAACUUUAAAAAUCACCAGUAGACUCGAAAUCCCACAACCAGCACCAACUAGGCAGAAGCUUGUUACUGAUUUAAAAAAGUCCCAUGCCUCUCAUCAUAAAGAUAUUUUUCAGAAUUUUACUGAAAUGCAUUUCAUGUUAUAACUUGUUCUUACCACAUACCAAAUGACUCAGUUUUAACUAGACACUAUUUUGAUUAUGGCUUCUUUUGAGACUGUCUCAUUGUUACAUAGAAUCAAAUCUCACAAUUAAAGUCUUAUAAUGACACACCAACUUCUCACUGGACAAGAAACCUUUCUCAUUAUAAUAAGAUAGUUGGUAUUUUGUGAAAGCAUAAAACAUCUAUAUGUUGUUGAAACAGGAGAAAGAUCCAAUCAGUGCAGUGAGAAAAUUGACUGACUGGUUUAUACGAUUUGAUUUAGUUUGAGAGACACGAGAAGUAUGAUUCACCCAGGUUUCUUGAUAUCAGAGCCAGCCUGCUUAUCAUGUUAUGAUGGGAAACCUGUGUUGCUUUGUGAUAUUUAAAUGGAAAUAAUUUGAGAUUGGUCAUUAUAACACAAACAUCUUGUUAUAACAUGAAAUAUUAUAAUGGAAACUUAGCAGAUUAUUUUUAUGGUAGCAGCAGUUGGUCUGCUGCCUUACACUUCAGCUCUUCACAGUUCAGUACAUUUCUUCUGACUGCCAGAAUCAGUCUCAAGUUUCAUUUGGCACAGGACUAAA